AUGCUGCCACACAUCCGAUCCUGGGUGUCUGGGGUGCUCUUGAGCCCCCCUGUGGAACUCUUUUUGCUUUUUGCUUCUGAGCUUCUUAGCCAGGGACUCUCAGCAAACCCGCUUGCUACACACAGCCCCGCGAGCCCAGUGUUGGCCGUGUUAGCGCAAAAAGGCCCCAAAUUCGAACAGGCGCAGCACUUUCCAGGGCCAAGACUUCGCGGAAACUCGAAGAGGCCGCAGUGUGUGGCAGCACUGGGCGCGCAGGAGCUGCUGCAGGCCGCGCUGCAGUCCGGGCUUGAAAGCUGCAAAGAUUGCAAAAGUGACGCUGAAAUCGAGCUUUUGAACUGCAGCAAAACAGCAAAGUGGCCUCAGGUGGGGCGGGAGCAGCAGCUGAGUGAGCACCGCUGUCCGAGCUGUGGGGGCACCCCGAGACUCUCAGCGGCUGCAGACACAGCAGGCUGCUGCUGGCAACUUAACCUGCGCUGCACAGCUUUUUUUUGA